GUGCUGGCGAGCUGCCAUCUUUUUUCUUGUGCGAGACCCGAUAACUGCGCCUCGCUGAUCCCGGACUUUUCGUAUUCAUCAUUCCCAUCCUCGUCACCGGCCAGCUCCUGGCAAUUAUAAUCCUCACGAGCUACUGGCCGCUGCUACGGAUUCCUCUCGUCUCUCUCUGUGCUGACGCUGAGCCUGCGACGAGCCUGAAAAUACACUUUUCGCCAAUUCUCCCCUUGCCUGGCUCGCUCCUCCACCACCACUCCCCAGCCCGGCUUCCAGACCGCAGAUUGGGCCUGACAGUCUGCUGACCCGCGACAAUCCUGGGCGCUGUCCUGCCCCCUUUGCCCCCGAUCCUCUCUCCCUUUACAUGUCGUACUCCUACCCUCUCGCGGGGUCGAUAUCACUCUGGAUCUUGCAACAGUCUUCCGUCUCUUCCUCACGGGGCCUCGUGUAGCCCGUCGAGACUUGCCAGCACUCUCGUCGCCCUCACCUUCGUUUACCCCGUCGCUCUCUCAAUCGUUCACCCCGACCUUUUCUCCGUCCUUCAGCAUGCCUUUCUCAGAAAGCCCAACUCCUCAGAACGCCGGCUUCACAGGCGCCGGCACGCAAGACAUCAACACUUCCUCUCUUGCCAGCGUUGCCUCGUCUCUAGCGAGCGAGUUCUCGCAGACCACCAACACUCAUUUCACACGCACCAGCAGCGGUGCAUCUCAGACAGGGGCGGCCAGCUCAGACAGCUCGAGCGCCAGCAACUCUGCUCCCGCAAGCGCCUCCCAGACAGCUUCCACGACCUUUGCUACAUCCGUCACCGGCUCCGGCGGAGCUUCACAGUCCCCGAACUCCAGCGUGGGCAGCUAUGCUACCUCCGCAACCAAUGCCGCAAGCAGCACCACAGGCGGCGCGGUGACCGUCUCGGAAAAAUCCUCAUGCAACAGUCUUUCAUGUUCGUCUGCUCUCAAAGCAGCCGUCGCUGUUCCCAUUGUCGUUGCGGCAAUUGCGGGUAUUCUUCUGUUUUUCUUUUGUGCGAGGAGGAGGAAGAGACGCGGUGGUGCUGUCAUGUCGGAGAAGGCACCUAAAAAGAAGGGCAAGAAAUGGACACGACACCUACGAGCCUUUUCCUUUGACGCCGAACUGCUCAUGGGCGGGCGAUUCUCCAGUUCCAAUAGCAUCCGCAGCCGAGACCCCAGCGUUCGAAGUGGCCCGGGUACGCUGUCUCGUGGAAGCGCCCACAGCGGGGAGCCCAGUUUGCACAGCAUUGAAGAAGUGGCUCCUCCCUACCGAGAUGCUGUGACCCAUGUGACACCACCAAGUCCAGCUCGCUCCAUCCCUCACGUCACCACGAUCGCGGCCGAUCCUAUUCCUCGGCCGUCCUCGACAGCCACAGCACCACCUCCAUACCGAUCCAUCGUUGGUGGCACAGGUGCAGAACCGUCUUCUCCUGCCACGGUUCGAAACCCGUUUGCAGACUCGGCCCCAGUUAGUCCUAUUGAAGGCUCACCGUUCAAUGACCCUCCUGAAGGCGAGGAAGCGUCUGGUGCGCUGCGACCUACCUUGAGCCGUGGUUCAUCCAUGUAUCGCAGCGUGAUGACAGACGAUGACGCUACCCCCACCGCGUCAGAAGCUGGAAGCAUACGGCAAGCCAUGGUGGGCAGACGGGUGUCAGUGAGGAAUGGCGAGGGAACCAGUGGCAGCGGUGGCAGUAGCUAAUAAUGUGUGAUUUUCUUAUGUUCUUUAAUUCAUGGCGUGGCGUUUGGGGACUGGUGACACCGAAAACUGCUGGACGGCUCUAGAAUCACCUAGAGCCUUUGUUUUGGUGGGAUGUUGACGCAGAAUGUUUUGAGAUGUCCGACAUAUACUGUACAUGAGCGAAGCCAAUGCCGAGAAGCAAAAAUUCACUUAGAUUGACGGAAAAUCUGACACGUCCAACAUGGUCUGGGAACUCGUGUGAUCACGAAGAGGUCUGGGGGGUUUAUAUCAUGCUAAACAUUCACUGCGCCUUG